UAGUAGUAAUAAUAAUAAUAAUAAUAAAUAUAUUUUCAAGAAGAGAAAGAUGAAAGGUGCAGCAGCAGUUGAUGAUGAUCUUGAAGAUACAGCAAGUUCACCUGUCAACAGCCCAAAGGUUUCUUAUAUGAAUGAAUUGUGUAUUAAUAAUAGUCAGAAAGGAAAGAAUUCUGCAUAUAUUUUAGAGGGGAAAGGGAAUAAUAUUUCUGGCCAACAAAUGAUGACUAGUGGAUUGAAUAAUUCACCAAAGGAAAAUGACAACACAGAAUUGAAGAAAAAAGGAUUAUGCUUAGUACCAAUAUCUAUGUUCACAAAGUGAUGCAUAAAAUAAUUAAAUUAAAUUUGAUAUUCCAACAUAAAAUGUAUAUAUAUAUAUUUCUCUAUUUUUUUCGAUUUUUUAUUUGGUGUAUGCUAUCUGUAUUUUGGUCAGAUUAAAUUUAAAUUUGCUCUAAGAAAUCUUACAUGAAGGGGGUAAAGCGUUUCGCAGCAAAGAUAGCUCUAUACUCGAGACUCGAACAGAUGACACAAACUUAUGUAGCAUAUAUAAGUUGCAAUGGAAGUUGAGAUUUGCUAUAUGUGUUAUUUAUCAUUUUGAUUACUAAAUUGCUCUAAAAUAUGUAGGGAAUGUUUGUGUGUGUAUAUAUAUAUAUAUAUAGAUUUUAUUUUAUUUUUUU